GGUAGGUUGUAUUUUUCAACCAUGUUAGUGUAAGCUACCUAGGUACUUGAAAAAACUUCAGUUUAAACGUCACUUGUUAUCUCUAUAAAAUUAUAGAUAAGACCUCAUACUUUUAUUAAUUUUUUUGAAAUUGAGUCUCAUAUGGAAUGUACUUAGACUAUUUAUCUCGGUUGUCUCUUCAGCGUUGAAUAACUGUAACCUAUUAGAUUGAAAGAGUUUUUUUUUUUACUUUAAAUCUUUUUUAAUUUUAAUUAUUACUUAUUAACGAGUUGUGCUUCACAAAUUACAAUAGCCCAAUAUCUUAAAAUGGAACUGACAAUGGAUUCCGUGAACUGGCCCUUGGUUGGAGCAACUAUAUUACCCAACGUUGGAGGUUGGGUUGGCAGCAUAUAUGUCAAGAAGAACUAUUUGGAUUGGUAUGAGUCAUUGAAGAGGCCCAACUGGCGCCCUCCCAACUAUGCCUUUCCACCGGUCUGGACAACGCUCUACUCCAGCAUGGGAUAUGCUUCAUAUCUGGUCUGGAAGGAUGGCGGAGGAUUUGACGGAUCCGCCCGUCUUCCACUCACCUUUUUCGCUGGACAGCUGGCCUUGAACUGGGCGUGGACUCCCAUCUUUUUCGGAGCCAAAAAUAUCAAAGGGGGACUGAUUGACAUUAUCCUGUUGGAUUCAGCGGUCCUGGGUACGGCUUUCCUAUUCUUCAAGGUCAACAAAACAGCUGGUUGUUUGCUGCUCCCCUACAUUGCGUGGCUGGGUCUGGCCUCUGCCCUCAACUACGUCAUCUACAGGGACAACUGUGCUGUGACCGACAAAAAGGAAGAACAGGCUCCCAAGAAAUAGACUGUCAAUUGUCCUGAACUUUAGCAUUGGUGGAGGUUGAUAGCCUUGUUCGUUUAUCAGUAUCAAAGUCCUAGAGCUUUAUUUUAUCAUAGGUAACUGUAAGUUAGAUAUAUUUAUGCAUUUCAUACAUUAGUAAAUGGCUUUUGUUGGAGCGUUCCUUGCUUGGAGGUCCAACCUCGCCAUUUAAGCCAAAUAAUAUACGCAGUUAUGUAUAUUCAUACAUUUUAUACAUUAGUAAAAAUUCGUGUGGCUUUUGUUGUUAGGGUGUUCCUUGCUGGGAGGUCCUUUUAAGCCAAAUCAUAUACGCAAUACGCAUUAUCACGAAUUCAAUAACCGUCUGUAAUCAAAAGCACAAUGUAUUCGUAAUCUACUACUACUUUCAUAGAUUCUAUGUGGGCCUUGGACAAUAUUGAUCAUUUCAGUCCGCAAUCAAAUGCACAUUGUGUCUUGUAUUUUUAUAAAUCCUGAAUGUUCUGUGGACCAAAUGAAUAGCAGGCUUGGGUGCUAGAAUAAUGGUAGAGUUAUUUAAAGUUAUUGACUGAAUACUGAAAUUUAUAUCAUUAUGGAUUUUUAUUAGAGCAGAAUGAUAUCAAUUAUUAUUAUGAAAUAAAAGUGUGUUUCUAUGUGAA